CCUAUAUCCUUCAUGGCCCUGCGGCCACUAGGUGUAGACCAGACUUUAGCGCUUAGCUCGGACCUUUACCAAUGACAGACCUGGAUGAGUGGACCCUCCCUAAAAAUAGUAGCUACUAUGCGCCUACAAACACUACAGAUAUCUACUAUGCACCUACAAACACUACAGACAUUUAUCCAAUGCGACUUGUUGGUGGCAAUCAUAGAUGCGCUGGACGGGUAGAGAUCUACUACAAUAAUGCCUGGGGAACUGUAUGUGAUGACAGUUGGGACAUUUAUGAUGCACAUGUUGUAUGUAAACAACUGAACUGUGGGUAUGGAAUUUCCGCUUUACAUCAAGCAUAUUUUGGACAAGGUUCUGGCAGUAUUCUGCUAGAUGAUGUGCAUUGUUCAGGAAAUGAACAGUACUUGUGGCAAUGCAGUCACAACGGCUGGGGCUCCCAUAAUUGUGCUCAUGGAGAGGAUGCUGGAGUCAUCUGUUCAGCUUCUCAAAAUACAACUGAAAACAGCACCAACAACCACACAAACUUCCCAGAUAGAACUACUCCAGGACUCACAACUUACAACCCAUUAACAACUCCUGGAUUCACAAACUGUGGAGGUCGAAUAACUCAGUUUUCUGGGGUCAUAACCAGUCCUUUCUUUCCCAGUUUUUAUCCACCUAAUGCUCAUUGCAUAUGGGAAAUUCAAACUUCAAUAGGUUACCAUGUGGAGCUCUCAUUCACACACUUUGAACUAGAGCCUUCCAAUGGCUGUGUUUAUGAUUGGGUAAAAAUAUAUGAUGGCUUUCCUGGAAACUCUUCUAAACUAACCACUAUUUGCACCUCCACAAACUCUUCUUAUUAUUCAUCUUCUAAUAUUAUUGGAAUUGAAUUUAGAAGUGACUCAUCUGUGCAGUUGCCAGGCUUUUAUGCCUCUUUCCACUCAGUUGCUUCAAAUACAUCAGGUAACUUCGUUGCUGCAUCUUCUGAGAGUUUGCUACAGAGAGAAUUUCAUCCUAUGCGACUUGUUAAUGGCAGUCAUGCAUGUGCCGGACGGGUAGAGAUCUUUUACAACAAUUCAUGGGGAACAGUAUGCGAUGAUAGUUGGGACAUUAACGAUGCGCAUGUUGUAUGUAGACAGCUGAACUGUGGAUAUGCCAUUUCCGUUUUACAUGAAGCAUAUUUUGGACAAGGUUCUGGCAGUAUUCUGCUAGAUAAUGUGCAUUGUUCAGGAAAUGAACAGUACUUGUGGCAAUGUAGUCAUAAUGGCUGGGGCUCCCAUAAUUGUGUUCAUCGAGAGGAUGCUGGAGUCAUCUGUUCAGGUGCUCCCCCCAGUACAACUGAAUGGACCACAACAGACUCAUACUACACAAACUGUGGUGGUCUUUUGACGCAAAUGUAUGGGAAUAUAACAAGCCCAUUCUAUCCAAAUCCUUACCCAGCUAAUUCUCACUGUGUUUGGGACAUCCGUGCUCCAGUGGGCUACUAUAUACAGCUAUCAUUUCUUCAUUUAGACAUAGAACCUCAUCCUUAUUGUUCAUAUGACUGGAUUACUAUUUAUGAUGGGAUUCCUCAUUACUCUCCGGAAAUGGCAAGAAUAUGUUCUGGAAACAACACAUUUAACACUUACUACUCAUCCUCUAAUAUCAUGAGCGUUGAGUUCAGAAGUGACCACAUUGUACAUCACAAUGGCUUUUAUGCAGUGUUUUCAUCAUUACAUGGUCAUCCUACCACUCCUCCAGUAAAUGCUACUCACCCGGACCCUUGGGUAACAUCAGCACCUAACUAUACAUGUGGAGGGGUUCUAAAUGAAACAUCUGGAGUUUUUUCUAGCCCAUUUUUUCCUGGACUGUAUCCUAACAAUGCCUAUUGUGUAUGGGAGAUCAGAGUUAUACCUGGGCAUACAGUGGAUUUAUCUUUCAUAUAUUUGGAACUUGAAAGACAAGAUUCCUGCAUCUAUGAUUCUGUGACAAUAUAUGAUGGCUUCCCAUUCAGUUCCAGACAGCUAGGAAAAAUCUGCACUUUUGUCAACUCUACAGUGUAUAGGUCUACCUCUAAUGUGAUGGGCGUUGUUUUCCAAACUGAUGGAAGUGUACAAAGAACUGGAUUCCAGGCUAUGUACUCAUCAGUUGCCAGAAAUACCAGCUCUUCAGUUAACUGUGGUGGGAUCCUGAGAAAUCCUUGGGGUGUCAUUGAAAGCCCUGCUUAUCCGCAUUCACACAACCCUGCAGACUGUGUUUGGCACAUUCAAGUCCCAAACAGCAUUAUCCAGCUCUACUUUAUUGAUUUUGCAGUUGAAAAUUCAUCUUAUUGUACAUCUGGAUAUGUGUCAGUAUUUGAUGGGACACCUUAUGGUUCCCCAUUACUGGGAAAACUUUGUGGAACAUCAAAAAGGAAUUUUACCUCUUCACUGAACGGUUUGAGUGUGGUCUAUAACAGCAGAGGAAGCAACAGCAACUUUGUCCGUGGAUUUCGUGCUAGUUAUAAUGCUAUUUCCCAGAACAAUCAAAAUGUUACACUCUCAUGCACAUCUAGCUAUAUGGAAGCACGAAUAACAGUUGGGUAUUUACAGUCUUUAGGAUAUUCAGCAAACAACAUUUUUCUAAAUGAUCCCCAAUGCCUUCCCCAGAAUUAUGGACACUGGUUGAUAUUUAACAUACCAUAUGAUGCAUGUGGUACUAUUAGACAGGGUGAAAGAGAUACAAUCAGCUAUUUAAACACUGUCGUUGGCUACCAUACUGAUGAAGUGAUAGUUCGUAAUCGAAAACUCAACUUAAACCUCCGAUGUCAGAUGUUUCAAAAUACCAUGGUAGAAAUCAUGUAUCACGCAGAUGAUAUCACAAACCAAAAUCUGACCCAAUAUGGUCUAUAUUCUGCAUCACUAAACUUCUACCAGUCACCAACCUUCAUGUAUCCAGUCUAUAAUUAUCCAUACUAUGUGCAGCUGAAUCAGAACUUGUACCUUCAGGCUACCGUCUACUCAUCUGACAGCAACCUCACCUUGUUUGUGGAUUCAUGUGUGGCCUCACCAGAUGCAAAUGAUUUUGUGACACAGACUUAUGACCUUAUACGCAAUGGCUGUGUUAGAGACUCUACAUAUGUGAAAUAUCCAACAUAUUCCUCAAACCAGGUUCGCUUUGGAUUCCGCGCUUUUGGGUUUGUCCGGAGGUUUUCUAGAGUUUACCUGCAAUGUAAACUGACUGUGUGCCAGAGAAAUAGCUACAACAGCCGUUGCUAUCAGGGGUGUAUCAACAGACGUAAAAGAGCUUUAACAACAUCUCAUGAUCAGAUUAAUGUAACAGUAGGACCAUUUAUAUUAGAAGAAAGUAAUACAAGGAAUUAAUCAGUUCAAUCAUGUAAUCCACUAUUAAUAUUUGUAGAUUGUACUUUGAUUCAUUACAAGCAAAUUUUAAAUGAUAAAAGAAAUUAUAAAAUAGAGAACUGGUAAAAAUGUAUUUCUAACCACAGAA